CGUCCAAGUGCUCGUCGUCACCAGUUCUACGUACAAAUCAAUUUAAAAAAAAAAAUGUACCUCUUUGAAAAACAAAUAAUAUUCGAAAAAUGCGAUCAAUUAAAAAAAGUAACACCUCAAAAAAUUAUCCUAUCGAUCAUUUUCGUAUUGUUCUUUGUCAAAUUUUGUUCAUCGAAUGAUUUUGAAUGUGGCUAUUCCGACGAUAAAAUGGAAUCGAUUGAAUUUUACUGCACAGAUUACGAUAGCACGGUGCCUGUGGAUUGUUCGAUGGCGUUUUUCCUCACCAUCCAAUCGUAUAACAAAUCAAAAGUGACGCAUUUAAAAGUUGGUGGCUGUGAUAAUGACCAAGUCAAGCGGCUCGUCGAUGAUAUGCCGAAUUUGUUGUCUUUGGACCUUUCCCACUCAAGAAUCGCAUCAUUUGAUGCAUUAAAUUUAACGCAUGAACGAUUGGUGAAAGUGAACGCUUCGUUUAAUUAUCUCUCUGAAAUUCCACGGAGUUUUUUUGCUCACAUUCCAAAUGUCAUUGAAGUGGAUUUUUCACACAAUCAUUUAAAUGGAAUUAUCGAUCUGCCAGACAGCUUGACAUACAUCGAUUUGUCAUAUACAAAAAUUUCAUCCAUUUAUCAAGAUUUCAACGAUCUUUCGAAGACACAUGAUUUUGCGUUAAAAACACUGCGAAUUAGUGGCAAUCCGAUUCGUGUGUUUGACUGGAAAAUUUUGCCAUUAGUCAAAAGUGGCUACUCAUUACACAUUUCAUGGAAACAAAUCAGAGAGUUCAAAGUAUGGAAUUACUUAGACGAACCGGUUCGUGUGGUUACAAACAGUGACGAAGAAGGACUGUUGCAUGCGUCGAAUGGAACAAUUGAAUUUCAUUGUCGAGAAGACAGCUUCAAAAGUAUAAACAGAUUUGAGCUGAUUGAUAAUAACAUAGCAAAUCCAACAGAUAUCAUCAAUUGUCUUGGAUCAGGGCUUAAAUAUUUAACAUUGUCUGGAGAAUUUGGCGAACAAUUGAAAUCUACUUCACUUGCGCGAUUCGUUGACUUGAAGGAACUGUGUUUACAUAAUGCACAAUUGUCGGAGUUUGACUUCAGCAUUUUGAAAAGCAUGACAAAAAUUGAGUUUUUGGAUAUUUCGCGCAACAACUUAGAACGAGUUGGUAAUAUUUCAUUUUUGGAGCAUGCUAAAAAUUUGAUUCAUUUGAAUGUGGCAGAAAAUGAUUUGGAAUGCACACCGGAACUGAUUCAAUACGUGAGUUCGUCCGUUUUGACGUUACGAUUGAAUGGCAAUUACGUGGGCAAGUUGAAUAUUGGAACUUUUGACAAAUUAACCAAUUUGCAAUAUUUGUACUUGGCCAAUACGAGCCUCUCGUUGGACAACGCAAAGCCAUUUGAAUCGCUAAAGCAGCUUCAAACACUGGACAUUUCCCACAAUAACUUGGAGAAUGCCAAUUUUACUUCAUUAUCGUCGUCGCUGGAAAAUUUGCGCACAUUUCAAGCGAUUGAUUGCAAAAUUGGAAAUGCAUCACAAUUGAUGAAACUGUUUGAAAAAUCGCCAUUUCUUUCGAAACUCGAUUUAUCAGGCAAUUUUUUGAGUGAAUUGAAUGCAACUGCUUUCGAAGAGCUACAGUACUUGAAUUUAUCGAACACCAAUUUAUCGAAAGUUGAUUUUGGCAUUCUUGAACAUAAACCAAAAUUAGAAUUGUUAGAUCUUAGUUUUAAUCAACUAGAAAAUGUGAACUUUGUUUCGGUUUUGAGCUACUUGGACUCGCUUCGCUUAGGAAGGAAUCAUUUGAAGGAUUUGAACACUUUUACGAAAUCACACUUUCCGCGACUUGCAUCCCUCGAUAUUGCGAAGAAUGAAUUUUCAUGCGAUUAUUUAACCGAAUUUGUAGCUCAGCUCAAACAAGAGUGGCCUCACUUGAAAAUGAUCAAUUCCCCAUGGGAACAAAAUAUGUUUAAAUGCCAUCCUGGAAAUUGUCAAAAGCCCGAAGUAAAAUCAAAUGAAACGAGUCGAUCCGAUCAGUCUAGUAAACAACGUCACAGUGACAACACAUUUUGUGCUGUUCGCGUUGAUUCGUCUCUAAAAAUGAAGCACUCGGUCGUUUUUGUGUUGUUUUUGAUAAAAUUUUGUGAAACAAAUGACAUUGAAUGCGGUCGUUUGGAUGAUACAAUGCAAUCAGCUGUGUCGGUCGAGUUUCAUUGUGCGCAAUUCGAGGGAACAUUGCCUGUGAAUUGUUCAUCAUCGGUUGCGAGCAUAAUUAAUAAAACAAAUGUAACUGCAUUGAAGGUUGGUGGCUGCGAUUAUGACAGCAUCAAGCAGAUCGUUGAGAGUUUUCCAAAUUUACAAGAAAUAAAUAUAAAACAAAUUUCUAACAUUGGUUUCGAUCGAGUAUUUCCUGAUAAUCACAAAUUGAGAAUAUUGCAACUGGAGAGAAACAAGAUUAGCGAAUUUGACUGGAGGUUUUUCCCAUUGGUGCAACGAGCUUCAGUGGCAAUUUCAUGGGAAGAUAUCAACGAAUUCGAAAUUAUUGAUGCUUUAGAUAAACCGAUUCGCAUCGUAGUGAAUAGUGAAUAUGAAGAAUCGAGCAGUCGAAACAAUCAAAAUGACGGUCUUUUCCAAACAUCCAACGGACAAAUCGAACUACAUUGCCGUCCAAUGAGCUUCAAAGCGAUAACGAAAUUUAAAAUCCACAGCAAUCACAUUGAAAAUCCGGAAGAAAUUUUACGUUGUUUAUCACCGACUUUAGAAGUGUUGGAACUAAUCGGUAGCUGCACAGAAAAACUGAGCUCAUUAUCACUUGAGCCGUUCCAAAAGUUGAUAAAACUUACUUUGAAGUCAAUGUUAAAAGAUUUUGAUGCGAGUGCAAUGAAAAAUCAAAAAAAUUUAGUUGAAUUGAAUAUUUCUCAAAAUAAUUUGACAAAAAUUAGUAACGCUCACUUUUUAAACAACUUCAACGAUUUGUUAAUUUUUAAAGCUCAUGAAAAUCAAGUGGAAAAUACUCCCGAGUUGAUACAACACUUGGCUUCUGGAAUUACCAUUUUGGAUUUAGGCGAAAAUUUCGUGGGAAAAUUAAAUGCCACAACAUUUGUAAGAUUCACCAAUUUGAUGAAUUUGGACUUGAGUAACACAAAUCUUUCAUUCGACGAUUUGCGACCAUUUGAAGCUCUGAGAAAAUUGGAAGAACUCGAUAUUUCUCGUAACACACUAGAAAGUGUGAAUUUUGAGUCAAUAUUGGCUUUCAAAAGAUUACAACGAUUUUAUGCUACUGAUUGCAAAAUUAAAAACGCUUCGAAGUUGAUAAAAUUAUUUGGAUCAUCAUUAUCACAGCUUGAUUUAUCGGGCAAUGAAUUGGGAGCGAUUGAAGCAAACACAUUUGAACACAUUGACAACUUGAAUAUUUUAAAUUUGAGCAGAACCAAUUUACUGAGCUUUGAUUUUACUGUUAUUGCACAUGAAAUAGAACUAGUUACUGUUGACUUAACGAAGAAUAAACUAGAAAACAUAAACAUGAGUUCAGCACCAAAACAUUUGCAAUCACUUUUUCUGAGCGGAAAUGAACUUAAAGAAAUUGGAGAUUUAAAACGAUCGAAUGUCCCUCGACUAAUGUAUUUAAGCCUAGAUGAAAAUCAACUAUCGUGUGAAUAUUUAAGCACAUUCAUGCCGCGAAUAGUACAAGAAUGGCCACGAUUAAGAUUUACCAGCGAUUCAUGGCAACAAAAACAUAAGCAAGCAUGCAUAUUUUAG